UAUUAGCGGUGGUUGUGUUGGGAGGUUUGCCAACUUGCAUGUGGAAAAAAACAACAACCACGCGUCACUUCCGUCAACAGCCGGAGGCAGCACGGACCACUUCGAUUGUGCCUUAAAUAAGACUUGUUAGAUGCAAGUUCCAAAGGGUGAGAACUGUCAGGUGGACAUGGAGAGCAAAGCUGGGGAUGUUUUCGGUGCUGAGGAUGCUCAUCCGACGGGCACGGGCGGUACAGCUGCAAUCCUCGCCAAGCUGGGCUUCCCCAAAGGCUUUUCAGCCAGCGUGGCCAAAGAGUGGCUGGACCGGCGCCGCGCGUCCAUCCGGCCGUGGGCCAGUUUCGCCGACCAGCGCAAGUUCUCCAAACCGCGCAACUUCGGCGAGAUGUGCCAGCGUGUGGUGAAGAACAUGGACACGUACAACAGCAACUACACUUUCAUCUUCCUCGGACUCAUCCUCUACUGCAUAAUCAGCUCGCCGAUGUUACUGAUUGCUUUGGCUGUGUUCGUCGGUGCCUUCUACAUCAUCCGCCUUAAAUCACUGGAGUCCAAGCUGAUGAUCCUUGGCAAGGAGUUGACUGUGCCACACCAGAUGAGUCUGGCUGGAGCCAUCUCCUUACCCAUCUUCUGGUUGGCUGGAGCAGGAGCCGCCGUCUUUUGGGUUCUGGGAGCGACUUUGUUCGUGAUUGGCAGUCACGCCGCAUUCCGAGAACUGGAAACCUCUGACAUGGAGGAGCUGCUCAUGGAGCCUGUGUGAUACACACUAACUUGCUUGCAAUACGUACCUGUUAUUGAUGUAUAAUUGAAAUAAUGUGGUGUAUUCAAGCACAUGAUCACGGAAUGGCAAAUUUGACUUAUUUUAUACACUGACGCCUCUUAUGUUAUUGUAUUGUAUUGAUUCAACUCUGAAACCUACAAAAGUGCAAUUUAAAAGCUUUGACCACAUUCAAUUCUAUAUUGAUCCUGCACAAUAAUUUUUUUGCUAUUCUUGUUGAGCUUGUCCAAUUCUAAACCAUUUGGGCUAUAUGCUGUCAUGUUAUCAGUGUUGGGUAAUGAAUAACUUGCAACAAAGUGACAUCAUUUAAUGACAAAAUGUAUCUCAUUGUAAUGCAUUACAUUACUGGCAGAAAAUGUGUCAAUUAUAAUUGCUUUUUGAAAUUUCUGUUAUAACAAUUUUAGUUACAUUUGCUGCAAAAGCUUGGAUUUAACUUCCUCUUUCUAAAGCUGCCGCUUGUGAUGGGCCCCGUUCUGGUCAUGUGCCAUUGCUGUAGUCUCAAACACAACAUUGUUUAUGAAAUAUGACCUCGACGCACUACCUUGUGGUGCAAUCUAUUAGUUUAUCUGAAAUUUUGAAAAGGUUACAUCAGAUUAGACUCACAAUAUAUAGUUAAAAGACCAAAGUCAAUGUUUUGACUUUUAUGUGGAACAGUAAUGCCAUCGCUUUUUUUGGUUGUCAUAUGAAGCACUAUCUUAAUUGCGCACAUUUGUCAUUAGAUCAACAUGGUAUCAUGUUUUCCACAUGCUGUGCAGAUAGUGCAACAAACAUAUUUUAUCAUUUAUUUGCUUUUCAUCAUGUUUUCUUAUCAGUUUAUUAUUUGUAUAAAGAACAAAUAUAUGACUAAUUUGAAAAUAAGGAUCUUUGGUUUUAAUCCACUUUUUUAGAGGAAAAAUCCAAGAGUCCUCUUUCUGCAUUCAUUCAAAAUUAAGAAAAGUAAUCAUUGUAAUCGAGUGUAAUUCGUUAUUACUUUGAGAAAGUCAUUGAAAUUGUUACACUGCUAUCACAUUUUCAACAGGAUAACGUGUAAUUGUAACCAACUACAUUUCCAAAGUAAUCUGUGUUACAUAUUCAACAUUUGAUAUUUUUAUUGGGUCAAUUCAGCUUUGUCAUAAAGUUCUGGCAAUGUGACCAAAAAAAACCAAAAAACAAUAAAACAUUUUUUCUUCUCA